AUGUCGCACGACUUUUCCACUCAGGUCAACCAGGCGCCCUACUCGCCCGCCCCGACUCACUUUUCCCACCAGAGCAUGGCCGACCCUAACAUGCAGUCGCGCCAGCAGCAGGCCGUCGCCUAUCCUUCACCGCACUCGUACCCGUCGCCCUCAAUGCAGCCCACAUACACGUAUCCGCCUCCCCAAGGCCAGCAGAGCAACGAGGGCUAUCGCAGCUCUCCGCAAGGCGCUCAGAUGUCGUUGCCGCCCCUCAAUCUGCCGCCAAUACGUCUGCAAGAUGGACAGCAGUCCCAGGCGCAACCUCAGCAGCCGCCCCAGCCCAUGGGAUCUCCACUCCCACCACCACAACACGGCAUGCAGCAAUACUACCCUCACCCAGGGCAUGCGCAGCCCGGACAGCCCAUGAUGGGCAACAUGGGCGGUCCGCAGUUCAAUGCGAUGCGAUACCAGCUGCCGCCGCAGGGCGAUCAGAGAGUGCUAUCUGGCGGUCGCCACAAGAAGGAAAUCAAGCGGCGCACAAAGACUGGCUGUCUGACAUGUCGCAAGCGAAGAAUAAAGUGCGACGAAGCCCACCCCAUGUGUAGAAACUGUCAGAAGAGUAAACGAGAGUGUCUUGGUUACGACCCAAUUUUCAAACAGCAAUCCGGUCCCGCCCAAAUACAACCUGCCCCCAACUCAGCGCCCGCACCCCACGCGACAAGCGCACCGGCGCCGGCCCCGUCGUCCUCCAACUACAGCCAGAGUCCGGUACCCCAGGGUUACGCGCCUGCCUCGUCUGCUGGGUACGCGACUGCCGCACCUGCUACGAGCGGAGAGCAUCAGCAGGCCAACUUCCACGCCAUAGACCCUGCACUCGCGCAGGCCGAUCCUGGUCUUCAACAAAACCAACAUUACAACGGUGUACACACCAUGGAUCCCGCCAUGAGAGGGCCUCCAGGUGCCAACCCUUACCCACCUCCACCAGAGCCUAUGAAAGGUUGGUACCCUGCUCCUCAUCGUCUUAUUAAUCCUAACCCAGAUUCAGGCAAGCGGUUGAAUAUGCAAGACCUCUUCGGAAUAUGUAACCACAGCCCGCCCGACGUUCCUCAGCGAACUUCACCAGUGCCGCGUGAACUUGACGACGAAUUCUCCCGCAUCUUCCUCAACGACUAUUGUCAAGGCCUCGACGUCGUACUCGAAACCACCUGGUUCUCAGCUAACAACAAUGCGCUCAAUAGAGUUUUCAGCGACCGAUACCUACAUGAAGAGGCCGCCUUCUUUACCGAGACCAUCAAGUACAAGGCUACCCAGGAUGCUGAUAUGACGAGCAUCUUUAGUCAAGAAGCUCGUCUUUUAUGGCACCUGCUAAGCACUUGCAAGCAUAUGCUCCCGGCCACUAAUGGCUCGCCGCCAGAGGGCGAGGAUUUCCAAAUGCGAGAAGCUAGAGCAAGACUCGACGUCCUGGAAGCUCUCCUUACAAACCAAAACUUGGAGUCUAACCCCACGCGUCAACUCGAAUAUCCGUCCAACCUGGAUGACGAGGCGAGGGCACAAGUCAGCUUCUGGCAACAUCUUGGUGAUUUCGUCCAAUAUUCUGAUUCCGAUAUCGCACCCCCAGGAGCCGCAGAUAACGCUUUGGGUAUCCUGCGUACCGUCUUGCACAUGCGUGAGGUGCGCGACGCCAUCUACUCUAUCGCCAUCGCACGGCACUACGGUUCCCGCAUCGGUGGUUUCCCUAAUGCUCUGCCUACUCCUGUCGGCCAACCUCCUGAGAGCGACUUGAACAAGCUUCUCGUCGCCAUGUCCUUUAUCAGCCACGAGUCUCGAUCUGCUACGCAACAGGUCCUUGCACGCAUCUGUGAUAUGGCCAUGUUCUCUUGGACUGCUUCGAGGAUGCCAGGGGGUCCGGGCCAAGAGCGACCGGUUGGUGGUCCACUGCCGUACCCUCAUCAAUAG